AUGGCUGCCCCGGGGGACGAGGUGCUGGACGGCUACAUGUACCCGGCGUGCGUCCCCUACUCGUACUCGUACCCGUACCCCUACCCGCCCAACGCCAAGGGCAAGGGCGAGGCGGGCGGCUGGCGGCACCGGGGCGGGGGCUACGCUCCCGCGUCCUCCUCCUCGUCGUCCUCCUCUGCCGGGGCGGCCUUGCCGGCUUUCCCGGGCUGCGGGCAGCUGACGGCCGCCGAGUAUUUCGACAGCUACCAGCGGGCGCAGCUCAUGGCCCUCCUGUCGCAGGUGAGCCCGGACCUCGGCCCGCGGCCCCGCAGGGCCAGCAGCCGGGACGUGGCGGUGCAGGUGAACCCGCGCCGCGACGCCUCGGUGCAGUGCUCGCUGGGGCGGCGCACGCUGCUGCGCAGGGUCCGCGACUCCGGCCCCCCGGCCGGGCCCGGCACCGAGGGCGCGGCGGGCGCGGGCGGCUCGGGGUCCCCGCAGUCGGCGCGCCGGGGCCCCGAGCAGAGCAGCCCCCCGAGCGGCGCCCCUCGGACCGUGCGCUUCCCGCGCACCGUCGCCGUGUACUCGCCCGUGGCCUCCCGCCGCCUCACCACCUUCCUGGAAGGGGCCGACGGCGCGGCGGGGGAGCAGCUGCCCGGGGCGCCCGAGGGAGAGCGAAGGACCCCGCCUCCGAGGCCCCGAGGCCCCGAGGAGGGAGAGGGGUCGGCGAGGAAGGCGCCCCAACGGUCGCAGUCCGAGGAGGAGGAGGGGGACGACGACGCGGCCCAGGCAGCGGUGCGGAAGAGCUGGGAGCCGCCGGGCGCCGGGCUGCAGCCGCGGGAGGCCCGGGGUGACGAGGCGGCCCAGCGGCGCCCGCCCAGGGGUCCGGAGCAGUCCCCGCCGGUGGGGCAGGCCCGGGACGCCGCGGGCCAGAGGUCGUCGCCGCGGAGCCCCGAGCAGGCCAAGGAGAGGCCGCGCUUCCAGUUCUUAGAGCAGAAGUAUGGCUACUAUCACUGCAAGGAUUGCAACAUCCGAUGGGAAAGUGCCUACGUGUGGUGUGUGCAGGGCACCAACAAGGUUUACUUCAAGCAGUUCUGCAGAACUUGUCAGAAGUCUUAUAACCCUUACCGGGUGGAGGAUAUCACGUGCCAAAGCUGUAAACAGACUAGAUGCUCCUGCCCUGUAAAACUCCGCCACGUUGACCCUAAACGGCCCCACCGUCAAGAUUUGUGUGGGAGAUGCAAGGGCAAACGCCUAUCCUGUGACAGCACUUUCAGCUUCAAAUACAUCAUUUAA